UGCAGAAUAGCGUAGAGCAUCGCUUUUUCGUUUGAAAUGGCUAGAUCGACCGGCAAGGAUGCCCAAGCUCUCUUCAGUUCACUUCGCUCUGCUUAUGCCGCCACUCCAACUAGCCUUAAGAUCAUCGAUCUCUAUGUGGGUUUUGCGGUUUUCACCGCUCUGAUUCAGGUAGUUUACAUGGCUGUAGUUGGAUCAUUUCCAUUUAAUUCUUUUCUUUCAGGAGUACUUUCCUGCAUAGGUACAGCAGUCCUUGCUGUUUGUCUCCGUAUCCAAGUGAACAAAGAAAACAAAGAAUUCAAGGAUUUACCUCCAGAGCGCGCAUUUGCUGAUUUUGUCCUCUGCAAUUUGGUGCUGCAUUUGGUGAUCAUGAAUUUCCUUGGUUAACUUUUAGCAGCCAUUUUGGUCUGCUGGAUACACAUUACUUGAUAUUUAACUUAGACAAACACCAUUACAUCAAAUUCUCAUUGGCCAUUACUUGGGAAACUUGCCACAUGAAAUGCUGCAAUGGAGUUGGUAUUUUAUUUUAUUUUCAUUUAGGCUUGGUGGAAAGGACUUGUCUAUGGAACUAUUUUUGAGAAAGGAUUUGGUUUUUGUUUUA